UCCCCGAUUCCGAGAAAGAGAGAGAGCGAGAGAGCUGGAGCGAUAUGGCGACCACCAAGUACGACAGCAUUGAGAGGAUAUGGUCGGGGGCAAAGGACAAGGAGUACUACGGCCCGGACAUGACGCUCGGCGAGGUGGCGCUGAUCAUACUGCGCCUCUACUCGGACAAGGUGAUGCAGGUGUUCGAUCCCACGGGCGAGGAGCUCACCGGAGGGCAGUUGCUCCUGCAGAGCCGUCGCCUGGCUCACGCCUUCCAGCGGCUCAGGCUGCAGCGCGGCGAUGUCGUGGGCAUAUCGGCCACCAACACCACCUACCUCACCGAAGUGGUCAUCGCUGCUCUGCUCAAUGGAACGCCCAUCAAUCCGCUGCAUCCGCAGUUCGAUUCGGAAACCGUGGCCUACAUGUACGAGAUCACCAAGCCAAAGGUCAUCUUCUGCGACCUGGACAACUACGAGACCUUGAGAGCGGUCAAGAACAGCCUCAAGUUCAAGACGGAGCUCAUUCUGCUCACCGGCAGCCUGCCGGGGGUGCGCAACAUUCAGGAUCUGCUCGCGGACGGUUCCAUUGAGUAUGAUGAGAAAACCCUCUUUGCCUGCCCGCACCUAAGCGGCGACGACACGGCCUUCAUCAUCACCUCCUCGGGAGUAACCGGUUUGCCCAAGGGCGUCACGCGAUCGCACCGCAGCCUCCUCAACGGCGCCAAAAUUCCCCAGCUGUUCACCUCGGAAACGGUGCUCUUCUGCAUCAGCCCGCUCUACUGGAUCAGCUGCGUCUUCACGCUGCUCGCCUCGCUGGUCAACGGCUGCAAGCGGGUGAUCACCAAUCGGCCCUUCAGCGUGCACUACUUUGCCGAUCUGGUGCAGCGCCAUCGAGUGAGCUUCGUGCUCACCGUGCCCCACCAGAUGGCCCUGCUGGCGCGGAGCCCCAGUCCGCAGCGGGAGGAGCUGGCCGAGCGGAUGCAGUCGGUGCGUUCGUUUGUCUGCAGCGGAUCGAAGGUUCCGCUGGGCAUCUGGCGACGGCUGUACGAGCUGCUGGGUGCCGACAGAUUCGCUGUGCUCUACGGCCUCUCGGAGGUCGGAGGCAUCUCCAAGAAUGUGGGUGGUCCGCUGGGCAGCGAGGGCAAGCUGCUGCGGAAUGUCCAGGUGCGCAUUCUGGAUGAGCAGGCUCAGGCACUGGGCCCCAACCAGACGGGGCAGAUCCAUGUGCGGCUGGGCCAGCGCUGGGGCGGCUACUAUCACAAUCCGCAGGACACGCAGAUGGCCAUCACGCCCGACGGACAGUGGCUGCUGACGGGGGAUCACGGCUACUUCGACGACGAUGGCUGCCUGCACUUCCAGACCCGCGACUCGGACGUCUUCAAGUACAACCACUUCCCCGUCUAUCCCAAGCAGAUCGAGGAUGUCGUCCACCACCUGCCGGGUGUCCACGAAGUGGCAAUCUUCGGCAUACCCGACGAGAUUUCCACCAAUCUCACCGCCUGCGCUGUGGUCCGAGAUGACAGCGACGCGGGUCGAGCUGUGACAGCCAACGACAUCACUGGCAUUGUGGAGCAGCAUCUGAGCGAGGCCUUUCACAUUCGAGGCGGGGUCUUCUUUGUGGAUAACCUGCCCAAGACCCAGAACCAAAAGAUCCAACGGCGCAGAAUCCUGGCCGAGCUCAAUGAGAUCACCACGCAUCUGUAGAGACAAUUUUGUCGCGAAUAAAUGUUGAAAUUCGAUGCAAG